AUGAAGAAGAAAUGCGAACUCUGCAAUUCAACAGCAAAAGUUCUAUGCGAAUCUGACGGCGCCGCCCUUUGUUGGGACUGUGAUUCCAACAUUCAUUCCUCAAAUUUCCUCUUCGCCAAACACAUCCGGUCCCUCCUUUGUAACACCUGUCAUUCCCCCACUCCCUGGACCGGUUCCGGUUCAACUCUCUCCCGAACUCUCUCCUUCUGUGACUCCUGCAUACUCACCGCCGGAGAAGAAAACAAACAACAUGCCGCCGGAGAAGAACAAGAACAAGAACAAGAACAAAACACAGAACACGCCCAACAAGAACAACAACAAGAAGAUGAUGAUGAUGGAGACAAUCAAGUUGUUCCCAUAGCUUCAUAUAGUAUUCCCAUACAACCUCCCUCCUGUUCUUCUUCAAAUACUCAAGAUCUUCGCCGGAAGUUCAGAUUCCGGUGA